AUAUGUUAUAGUCCAUCUUCAUCACAAACCAACCAACAAAAAAAACCCUAACGAAAACAAAUGAUGGGCAAACUUUGCUUCCUCUCCAUUUUCACGGCCAUGAUUCUGACAUCACAAGCUCAAUACCUUCUUCCAAUCACAAAACACGAACCCACCCAACAAUUCUACACCACUCUUGACAUCGGAACCACCGUAAAAUCUCCACUAAACCUCCUCCUCGACCUAGGAACCAACCUCACGUGGCUCAACUGCCACCAACUCCAAUCUUUAACAUCUCUUCACACCAUCGCUUGCGACAGCGACUCCUGCAAGGUCAUCCCUGGAAACGGUUGCAACGAAAACUCAUGUCUUUACCAGCAACCUAACCCUCUCGGCAGCGAGAACAUAACGGGCCAUGUCGUCCAAGACGCAGCCUCCUUCUCCACUACCGACGGGGGAAACUUCCUUUCCCAAGUCUCCUUGCGCAUCUUCACAUUCUCAUGUGCCUACAACCUCCAAGAUGUAUCCCCUCCGGUAGAUGGGGUUUUGAGUCUUUCUCCCGGAAGUUCGUCGUUCACGAAACAGGUGACCUCGGAUUUUAACGUCAUCCCGAAACUGGCUCUCUGCUUGCCUUCAUACGGCACUGGUCGCUUCUAUGUCGCCGGCGUUUACUACAUCAUCCCUCCCUUCGAUAACAGCACUAAUCAGAUUCCUAAGACUUUAACGCCGAUGAGAACUGACUCAGGAGAUUACCUAAUCUCUGUCCAAUCCAUCUACGUUGACGGGACUCCUUUGACGUUGAACCCUAAUUUGCUUCUUGGCGGAGUCGGAGCCAAACUAAGCACGGUGGUUCCGUACACUGUACUCCACACCGAUAUCUACAAUGCCCUUGCUCAGUCAUUUACACUCAAGGCAGAGGCAAUGGGGAUAUCUAAGGUCGCAUCCGUUGCGCCGUUUAAAGAUUGUUUCGAUGCACAAAACGUCGCCGGAAAGGAUAUGACCGGACCGAACGUGCCGAAGAUAGAGUUUGGGCUGCCGGGGAAGACAGGGGAGGUGACGUGGGGAUUUUAUGGUGCUAAUACGAUGGUGAAAGUGAGUGAGAUGGUGAUGUGUUUGGCAUUCUACGACGGCGGAAUGAAUCCGAACGAUUGGAUUGUGAUUGGGACACAUCAACUUCAAGAAUAUUUGCUGGAGUUUGACUUGAGCACGUCUACGUUCGCUUUUAGUGACUCACUCUUGCUCCAUUCUACAACCUGCAGCUCCAUUUCCCCUUCCUAAAAAUAGAAUCAGUCACAUGCGUAUGACAUUAUGAUAUCGUCCCGUUGCUCUUGAAUAAUAUCUUCUUUAUGUGAUCACAUCUUUUGAAAGCAUUCCUCCAUUUCGAUAUGAAUGAUAAUUUGAAGAUUUUUCACA